CUCAGAUCUCCAAAUUUUCGCUUCGUCUUCUUCCUCGGACACGGGACUCGUAUCCAUUUCUGUACAUUCCCAAUUCUCCAUUCAAUUUUCUCACUCACCAAUCUAGCUACGCUACUCAAAUCCCUAGAUCUGAAACUUCACUUGGAUUUUCAGAUCUCGAUUUCCGAAAAUGGAGAAGUCUUGUACCUUACUGGUUCACUUCGACAAGGGCACGCCGGCCCUCGCUAACGAGAUCAAGGAGGCCUUGGAAGGAAACGAAAUCGAAUACAAGAUCGACGCUAUGAAGAAGGCUAUCAUGCUCCUCCUCAAUGGCGAGACCAUUCCCCAGCUCUUCAUCACCAUUAUUCGCUACGUUCUUCCUUCUGAGGACCACACCAUUCAGAAGCUUCUCCUUCUCUACUUGGAGAUCAUUGACAAGACCGAUAGCAAGGGCAAAGUCCUCCCUGAGAUGAUUCUCAUUUGCCAGAAUCUCCGUAACAACCUCCAGCACCCCAAUGAGUACAUCCGCGGCGUCACUCUUCGAUUCCUUUGCCGCCUCAACGAGGCCGAGAUCGUCGAGCCUCUUAUCCCUUCGAUUCUCCAGAAUUUGGAGCACCGCCACCCCUUUGUUCGCCGUAACGCAGUCCUCGCCGUCAUGUCCGUCUACCGCCUUCCCGGGGGUGAUCAAUUGCUGGUCGAUGCCCCGGAGAUCAUCGAGAAGUUCCUCUCCUCCGAGCAGGACAAUUCUAGUAAGCAUAAUGCCUUUCUCAUGCUCUUUACUUGUGCCCAGGAGCGUGCUGUUAAUUACCUUUUCACCCACAUUGAUAAAAUUAUCGAUUGGGGUGAGCAGCUUCAGAUGGUCGUUUUAGAAUUGAUUAAGAAAGUUUGUAGAGCCAAUAAGGGAGAGAAGGGAAAAUACAUUAAGAUUAUUAUCUCUCUUUUGAAUGCCCCUUCCAGUGCUGUUAUCUAUGAGUGUGCUGGGACGCUUGUUUCCCUGUCCUCGGCCCCAACGGCUGUCAGGGCUGCAGCCAGUACUUACUGCCAUCUUUUGCUCUCCCAGAGUGAUAACAAUGUCAAGCUCAUUGUUCUUGAUAGGCUCAAUGAGCUUAAAGCCUCCCAUAGGGAAAUCAUGAUUGAGUUGGUUAUGGAUGUUCUUAGAGCUCUUUCCAGCCCGAAUCUAGACAUUAAGAGGAAGGCCCUUGAUAUUGUGCUUGAUUUGAUUACCCAUAGAAAUGUCGAUGAGGUUGUUCUUAUGUUGAAGAAAGAGGUUGUCAAGACUCAGAGUGGCGAGCAUGAGAAGAAUGGCGAGUAUAGGCAGAUGCUGGUGCAAGCCAUUCACAAUUGCGCCAUUAAGUUCCCUGAGGUUGCAAGCACUGUGGUGCAUCUGUUGAUGGACUUCUUGGGUGACACCAAUGUGGCUUCUGCCUUAGAUGUUGCUGUUUUUGUACGUGAGAUUAUUGAAACCAACCCGAAGUUGCGUGUUUCUAUAAUAACGAGGCUGCUGGAUACUUUUUACCAGAUUCGUGCUUCCAGGGUAUGUGCUGGUGCUCUUUGGAUCAUUGGUGAGUACUGCCUUUCACUUUCCGAAGUGGAGAGUGGAAUUGUGACCAUUAAGCAAUGUCUUGGGGACCUCCCUUUUUUUACCCCUUCUGAGGAAGGGGAGGAUCUAGGUGCUCAAAAGACUUCUCAGCCUGUAAACUCCACCACUGUGUCCUCUAGGAGGCCUGUGGUACUUGCAGAUGGGACUUAUGCCACCCAGAGUGCGGUAUUGGAAACUGCCUUGUCUCCACCUACACUUGUCCAAGGAUCUUUGGCUUCUAUUGGAAACUUGAGAUCUCUUAUUCUUUCAGGUGACUUUUUUCUCGGGGCUGUUGUAGCUUGCACAUUGACAAAGCUUGUAUUGAGAUUGGAGGAGGUUCAGUCGUCAAAAACUGAAAUUAACAAAACAACUACACAAGUUUUAUUGAUCUUGGUUUCUAUGCUUCAAUUGGGUCAAUCCUCAGCUCUUCCACAACCCAUUGAUAAUGAUUCUCAUGAGAGGAUUGUGUUGUGUAUGAGAUUGUUAUGCAACACUGGUGAUGAUGUUAGAAAAAUAUGGUUGCAGUCGUGCAGGGAGAGCUUUGUGAAAAUGCUAGCAGAUAAGCAGCUCCGGGAAACAGAGGAGAUAAAAGCUAAGGCUCAAACAUCUAAUGCACAACCUGAUGACCUUAUCGAUUUCUACCAUUUGAAGAGCAGGAAGGGCAUGAGCCAGCUUGAGUUGGAGGAUGAGGUCCAAGACGAUCUCAAACGUGCUACAGGAGAGUUCACAAAGGAUGGAGAUGAUGCAAAUAAACUGAAUCGCAUUCUUCAGCUCACAGGAUUCAGUGAUCCAGUUUAUGCGGAGGCAUAUGUCACUGUUCAUCAUUAUGAUAUUGUACUUGAUGUCACUGUCAUUAAUCGAACUAAGGAGACACUACAGAAUUUGUGCCUGGAGUUGGCCACCAUGGGUGAUCUCAAGCUCGUAGAGCGACCUCAGAACUAUACUCUAGCUCCUGAAUCGAGCAAACAGAUAAAGGCAAAUAUUAAGGUUUCUUCAACUGAAACAGGAGUGAUAUUUGGCAAUAUUGUGUAUGAGACUUCUUCAAAUGUACAUGACAGGAGUGUAAUUGUUCUCAAUGACAUCCAUAUUGACAUAAUGGAUUACAUCUCUCCUGCUUCCUGCGCUGACGUGACAUUUAGAACAAUGUGGGCAGAGUUUGAGUGGGAGAAUAAGGUUGCUGUUAACACUGUUAUUCAAAACGAGAAGGGAUUUUUGGACCACAUUAUGAAAUCAACAAACAUGAAGUGUCUCACUCCACCAUCCGCGCUCGAAGGGGAGUGCGGGUUCCUAGCAGCUAACUUGUACGCGAAGAGUGUUUUCGGGGAGGACGCUCUGGUGAAUGUGAGUAUCGAGAAACAAGCAGACGGUAAGCUAAGUGGAUACAUCAGAAUAAGAAGUAAAACUCAAGGCAUUGCAUUGAGUCUUGGGGACAAGAUCACAUUGAAACAGAAGGGUGGUGCUUAGUGUAAGCAAGUCCUUGCCAAGUUAUAUUAUCUUCGCAAUUUCAUUUUUUUGGUCGUGGAUUUACUUUGUGUAGCCUUGAAUUGUUACAAGAUUCAUCCUGUAUUUUGAUCUUUUUAGAAGAGAGAGAGAGAUAGGGAGAGAGAGAGAGAGAGAGAGAGAGAUGAACAUGGUGAACCAGAUAUCAAUAACGAAAAGCUUCAUGCUGUCAGUAAAUUUGUAUCGA